CCCAUCGUCCAUUGCAGCGCUAUCGACAUCUGCGUCGUCUGGGUCGACAUGGGCUUCCUGAACGCGAUUAUUAAGAACAUUGCGCCUGUCUUCAUCGCAACGAGCCCAGUUACCAGCUAUGCGGACCAGAUCUACGCCAUCCACCGGACGCGCAGCUCAGCCGGCUUCUCGCUCGACAUUCCGCUCAUCAUGCUAGUCGCCAGCAUCCUCAAGGUCUUCUACUGGUUCGGCGCGCACUUCAGCACCUCGCUGCUCAUCCAAGCCCUCCUCACAAUAGCCGUGCACAUCCUCCUCCUACACGUCGCGCUCUCGCACCGCCCGGCCCCGACACACCUCCCCUUCCAGCACAGCGCCUCCAUCCGGCCCUACGACUUCUGGCAAUGGCGCAACCCGCGCCCCUACUGGUCCUUCAUAACCUACUUCAGCAUCGCCCUACUACUCGCACACAUGCUGCUCUCGCCAACCCGCAUGUUCAUCCCAUACACAAACCUCCUCGGCAUGGUGGCCCUGGCCAUCGAAGCCACACUGCCCCUUCCACAGCUGCUCGCCAACUGGCAGCGCAGGGGAUGCAAGGGCUUCCGUCCCAGCGUGAUCGCGAACUGGGUCGUCGGCGACUCGUUCAAGAUGUGGUUCUUCUUCGCGAGCAGUAGCGGCGAGGUGCCGUGGGCGUUCAAGGCGUGUGGUAUCUUCCAGGCGUGCUGUGAUUUGGGGCUUGCGGCGCAGUAUUUGGUUUGGGGGGAUGGGCCCGUGGGCGUGGUUGGGAAGGAGGUGAGGAGUCCGCCGCCGGAGAUUGAUGGGUUUGUUAGUGAGAAGUUGGGGGAGAGGGGGGCGAUGGGCGUGGGGAUUGAGAUGGAUGGGGGGCAGGCGUGGGAGAGGCCGAGGGGGUUGUAG